UUUUUUUGUUCUGAUUUUUUCGUAUUUCUUCUAUUUCCUCAUCAUUUUAUCGCAUCUCUUUACCAAAAUAACACAAAUACAACAUUAAUCUUUGGAUGAUUGACCACAAAAUGGAAUUUAACGUAGUCUUGAACACACGAAUUUUUUUGUUUCUUUUGUUAAGCUUUACAUCCAAUCAAAUUUGGACACGUGUCCGUUUCUCUCCUUUCUUCAAAAACUUCCCCCAGCUACCAUCAUCUUCGUUAACUCCGCUAAAGCUUUUUUAAAAAGGAUUACUACUGUUUACUUCUCUGAAUGCGUUCACUGCUUCACCGUACUAUCUUACUCACAUCUCCGUCUCAUUCUCUUAUCCGGCGCACUUCUCUCUCCGCCAUGGCCACCACCGCCUCCUCUUCCUUGCUCCUCCCUUCCAUAUCUCUCAACAAUCUCUCCUCCUCUAAAAAUGCCUCCUUUGGCUUCGCCGCCAAGAAUCUCAGCCGAUCUAGGAUUUCUAUGAGCGUCUCUGCUGGAUCUCAGAGUACUACUGUUCACGAUUCUCUGUUCGCUGAUUACAAACCCACCUCUGCUUUUCUCUUUCCCGGUCAGGGAGCUCAAGCAGUAGGAAUGGGAAAAGAGUCUCAGAGUGUUGGAGCAGCUGGAGAGUUGUAUAAGAAAGCUAAUGAUAUCUUAGGGUAUGAUCUUUUGGAUAUUUGUGUUAAUGGACCAAAAGAGAAGCUUGAUUCUACGGUCAUAAGCCAGCCUGCUAUUUAUGUCACAAGUUUAGCAGCAGUUGAAUUGCUCCGUGUUCGUGAAGGCGGAGAACAAAUAAUUAACUCGGUUGAUGUGACUUGCGGUCUCAGUUUGGGAGAGUAUACUGCUCUGGCUUUUGCUGGAGCCUUCAGCUUCGAGGACGGGCUGAAGCUUGUAAAACUUAGAGGAGAAGCUAUGCAGGCUGCUGCAGAUGCUGCUAAGAGUGCCAUGGUUAGUAUCAUAGGGUUGGACUCAGAAAAGGUUCAGCAGUUGUGUGAUGCAGCAAAUCAAGAAGUAGAUGAAGCUGACAAAGUUCAGAUCGCAAAUUACUUAUGUCCGGGUAAUUACGCAGUAUCUGGAGGUCUUAAAGGAAUCGAAGUUGUUGAAGCCAAAGCUAAGUCAUUCAAAGCACGAAUGACGGUGCGUCUAGCUGUUGCAGGUGCUUUCCACACUAGUUUCAUGGAACCAGCAGUCUCGAGAUUAGAAGCUGCAUUGGCAGCCACAGAGAUCAGAAGUCCGAGGAUCCCAGUGAUCUCGAAUGUCGAUGCACAGCCUCAUGCAGAUCCAGACACGAUCAAGAAGAUACUUGCACGCCAGGUGACAUCUCCAGUCCAAUGGGAGACAACAGUAAAGACUCUCUUAUCCAAAGGACUUAAAAGCAGCUACGAAUUGGGACCUGGAAAGGUAAUUGCAGGGAUAUUCAAGAGAGUAGAUAAAAGCGCAAGUUUCGAAAACAUCAGUGCUUGAGAGUAUUGCUAGCUUUUUGUUCACAUGUAUUUGAGUUGAGAAUCAUUGAUAAUAAGUAAAUUUACAACGUAUGUCUGUGGAUCUCUCUAGUGCUUCAAUAGUUUGGAAUUCAAAGUUUUGUAUGGAAUAUUUAUGUGACACUUUACAGGAUAUAUGUAUUGAGAUAUCUUUUUAGUUUCAGUUGAAGUGAAGUGACAAAAUCUCAAAUUUGUGU